ACCUCGCUAACUCAUUAAACUCGCUUCGUGGUACGCCCGUCUGGUCGGUAGUGAAUCACGGGCUUCUCUAUAGAGCUAUGCCUCCUUCGUACUGCCACCGAGCCGACCGCGAUCCCUGUCCGCUCUGCGCCUGCCGGAGGACGGCUAACAGCGCUGCGCUGAGUCGCUCUGCACCGACUACUGGGGCUGAGUUAGCCGCCGCAGCUAAUGGCUCCUUACAGUUCAGUAAGCCUUGCCACCAAUGCUGCGAAAAGACUACACGUAUUACAAGUAACGGUGAAAGAGGCAGGAAAAACCUAAACAUGAAGCGCAUGGAGCAGCGAGACAAGCAGCGAGAGACGAAGCCGGCGUUGUCUGCGAUGAUGGCGACCUUGAAAAACCACGCUAAGUAUAAAACUACCAAGGUGCUUUGCUAACAAGCUGACUGAGCAUAUCAAAUGCGUAUUAUAACACGAAAUUGGCAGCUGCACAGAGAGAUUACAUGAGCUACUAGUGAGAAGCAACAGCAGCACUGGAAGCGGCAAUGACGCAAUACGCAGGCUCCUACGUCAGACGUUCUGUGGAUACUAACAUUCACCUAUUAGUCAUUCAUACCUUGUGUGAGGGGGAGAGUCCUGCUUCCAAAGACUUCAUUACCAUGUCUAAAAGGAAAUUAGUCACACUGAAAAUUCCACUCUCCUGUUUGUGAUCUAUAUUCAUGCAUAUUACUUUUUGACAUACCUCUAGAGGUCCCCCUUGUGGCCAUGCAGCCAUUCAAUUAGGUAACCCCAGGCUAAUCUACAGACAGUACUUAGCCAGUCAAUCCAGAAAAAGUCAGUCUUAUCCUUAGACCAUUUCUCGGUCAGCAGCAUGGCAGAAUUUCUGUACAGGCUGUGCCAUCCAGGCACAAAGACUACUUCACAAACUGUUGAGGAGCGUGGCAAAUGGGGUAGCAAAACGGAGUUCAUCCUGUCUGUGGCUGGUGCUAUUAUCGGACUUGGCAAUGUGUGGAGAUUUCCAUAUCUUUGCUACAAGAAUGGUGGGGGUGCAUUCUUCAUUCCAUACAUCCUAUUCCUUGUCACUUGUGGCAUUCCUCUGUUUGUACUGGAAACUGCGCUGGGCCAGUACACCAGUCUGGGAGGAAUCAUGUGCUGGAGGAAGGUCUGCCCUUUGUUUGAAGGCUUGGGAUAUGCCAGUCAAUUGAUCAUUUUCUACGGAAGUAUCAGCUACAUGGUGAUUUUAGCCUGGGCUUUUCUCUACUUUUUCUCCUCCUUUUCUGGAGAGCUGCCGUGGACCUCCUGUAAUAACAUGUGGAAUACAGAUGAAUGUGUGGUAAUAAACAACUAUAAUACCACAGCUAACUGGACCUCACCUGUGAAUGCCACAUCGUCUGUUAUAGAGUUUUGGCAACGACGGGUGUUACAUAUAUCCAGCGGCAUCGAGACUUUGGGAAAGGUACAGUGGGACCUUUCUUUGUGCCUUCUCCUGUCCUGGGUCAUCUGCUACUUUUGUGUGUGGAAGGGAGUGAGAUCCACAGGAAAGGCUACCUAUGUCACAGCCACAUUCCCUUUCGUCAUGUUGUUCGUGCUGUUUGUCAGAGGGAUGAGCCUUCCUGGAGCUUUCCAUGGUAUCAAGUACUACCUGUACCCCAAUCCUGCUCGGCUCGCUGACCCACAGGUGUGGAUGGAUGCUGGAACACAAAUAUUUUACUCCUACGCCAUAUGUUUGGGAUGCCUGACCACACUUGGGAGCUACAACAAGUACAACAACAAUUGCUACAGGGACUCGUUCUAUCUUUGCUUGUUGAACAGCGGGACCAGCUUUAUAUCUGGCUUUGCCAUUUUCUCAGUUCUGGGCUACAUGUCCGAGAAGAUGGGUGUCGACAUCACUGCUGUUGCUGAGAGUGGUCCUGGUCUCGUCUUCAUCGUCUACCCACAAGCUGUGACCCUGCUGCCAUGGCCUCAAGUUUGGUCCGCGUGCUUCUUCUUAAUGAUCAUCUUGUUAGGAAUAGACGGUCAGUUUGCUGGUCUUGAAAGCAUCAUGACAUCUUUUACAGAUGUCUUCCCUUCCCAUAUCCGAAAGGGAUACCGCAGAGAGCUUUGUCUGAUGCUGAUGUGUGCUCUUUGCUACAUGUUUGGUCUGUUGUUGGUGUCAGAGGCUGGCGCAUACAUUCUGCAGAUCUUUGAUCACUAUGUAUGCAGUGGUCCUACUCUUCUUCUGAUGGCAAUCUUUCAAUCAGUUACUAUUGGAUGGAUUUAUGGUGCUGAACGCUUCUGUGACAACAUUGAGGACAUGAUCGGCUACAAACCUCUAUCACUGAUCAAGUACUGCUGGCUGUAUGGCACCCCUCUGAUCUGCAGUGGAACGCUUGUGUUUUUGCUCCUGAGAUACACCCCGCUGAGGUUCAACAACUCCUAUGUGUAUCCUUGGUGGGCUUACUGGAUUGGCUGGUUUCUGGCCAUGUCGUCUCUCUCUUUGAUCCCAAUCACCAUGAUCUGCAAACUGGUCAAAGGAGAGGGGUCUCUCUUGCAGCGUUUCAAGACCAGCUCCCAGCCUGCAGGUGACCUCCCAGUGAUGGCUAAGGAGAUGUCGAGCGUCAAUGUAUCGCUGAGUGUUCGUCAUGGUGGGAAACACAGCCACAGUAAAUCAAAUGCCAAUCUUUAAAAACAAUUGGGUUUUUUUUUUUUUUUUUUUAUUAUGCUAAAACUAUUUAGAGUGGGUAGUUUCCUGUUAAUAUGGUGGGUUGUAUUAAUUAACUGAUACUGCUUUUAAGGUAAGAAGAAAUACAUAUUUUUUGUCAUUAAAUUAUAUUCAGCAUUGAUACAGAGGCUGAAUGUAAAGAUGCUACACUGAAUUGGAAUCUGUUUCCUAUAAAUUGAAUUUUAAAUAGCAGAAAAGGUUAAAGGUAGCAGUGGUGUUUCUGUAUAUUUUAGCUCACUUAACGCAAAAGCCUUCACAUUAUUACUGUCUAUAGCAGGCCAUUGUGUCUGCUGCAGGUUCAGCUUGUUGAUGUCUCAGUUCACAUCGCACGUGAAUACAUGUGCAGAUUAGUUUGAAAUGCAAAAAGAAAACUACUUAAGAAGAGAUUAACACUCAAAGACUAAUCUGCUUCAUCAGGAAUGUGUGGAUCAAGUUGGAGCAGAUUUUACUGACAGUGGUCACCGUGGCAACAUGAGCAAAAAGACUUGUCAAAUUCAGAUUGGGGUUGAGAAAAUGAGAAGAAUAAUUGCUCUCUCAAAUGGCUGCGAUGAAUGUGUGGCUGGAUCCAGUGUAGCUGAGCACAAAGACUGUAGUCGGGGAAACAGCAGGCCUAGUGCUGGAUCAAAGGUGAAUUUCAUUACCUUUGGGGGGAGCUGUAGAUGGUUCCCCCUGUUUUCACCUCGUUCUUUCCAUUGUUGUCCUCAGCCUCCUUUUUGUCUCAACUGCCUGAGCACUGACACACCAGGUUAUCCAUGCAAAUUUGUCAGUGAAAAUCUUCCAAGCUUCCAACACUGUCAGUAUUAUCUGCUUUCAAUUUUCUCGGAGACAUAUCAAUCCAUGUUGAUUUUCCUACUCUUCUGAUGUGAAUUUAAACUGUAACCUAUCAAAACAAAGCAACAUUAUCUACAUUAUAAAGAUUUUUUUUUAAUAUAUAUAUAUAUAUAUAUAUAUAUAUAUAUUAAGUGUGAUUAGUAAGAGAUAUUGCCUUUACCUGUCUAAAUAUUUUAUACAUUCAGAACAUAUUUUUUCCUAAUUUAUAUGUUUUAAACAUAUAAUAAGCCAAAUAAACACACCUCCUCAUUGCUGUCAAAAAAGUGUUAUAAUAUUUGUUGGCUGAAUUUAUUCAAGCAACAAUACAAGGUCUCAGACCAAUAAGACUUUUAUAUUAAAUUAACUUUAUCCAAUAAGCUUGACUUUAUCUUUUAAAAAAAAAAAAAAAAAAAACAUCAAUAAGGGCUGGAGAUCUAAAUGUGUUUUCAGAAUUACGCCCCCCUAGUUACACAUUCCUUAACUGAUCCAGGCUCAGUGGUCGGGGUGGUGGUCUUGCAGUGGUGCACAGAACAGAUUUGAACUGUACCCUCCUCUCAGGGGACAAACCUUCCAGCUUUGAGGUAUUGACGUUUAAAAUCAACUCUCACUUCCCCUUGUGCUGCAUUAUUUACCACCCGCUAAAACACAAUAAUAAUGUUUUUUUAGGGGUGCCCAGGUAGCUCAACUGGUUGAGCGGACAACCCAUGAACAGAGCCUGUAGUCCCUGAUGCAGCAGCCUAUGUUCAAACCAACUCAUGGCCCUUUGCUGCAGUUCUUCCCCUGAUUCUUCUCUCCCUACUUUCCUGUCUGCCUCUAUACUAACCUGUCCAGUAAAACCAACAAAAGGCCAAAAAUGAUCUUUAAAAAAAUUUUUUUUUAACAGAUUCCUUCAAUUUUAUUUCUUCUACUGUUCUUAGUUCUGAUCACAUUUUAUUAGUUGGUGAUUUUAAUAUUCAUGCUGAAAAAUCCAACCACAAAAUUGUUUUACAUCAGAAUUUUUAACUAUAUGUGACUCUUUUAAUCUAAAACAACAUGUGUCAUCUCCUACACAUGAACAUGGCCACUAUUGACCUAGUUUUUACCCUGGGUUUAGAUUUUAAGUCUCUCUCCUUAAGAGAUUUUAUUGGAUGGUUUUAUUUGAUUUUAAUUGCACCAUCCUAAGCACACAGUGUACAUGUAACAUUAAAAAAGCAACUCGGCUUCCAAUUUUGCAGCUACCUUCCGUACUGAUGAUUUCAGUCAAUGUAAGAGCAGAAAAGACACGUCAAUCUUUUCAAUAAUAUGUUACAAAUCUCAUGACCAUAUAUCGCCAGUUACAGCUAGACCAUGUCGUCCCUCCAACCCAAGGCCAUAGUAUAAUAAAAGUAUCAGAAAGCUAGAAAGAGAAUGUCACUUUCAACCCACAUAACACAUGCAGCAAGAAACCUGGGAGUCAUCUUUGAUCAGAACCGUAGCUUUAACCAACACAUCAAGACUUUAGUCCAACCAUGCUGCAAACAACUUAGAAAAAUCACAAAGAUUGAAUCAGUUCUCUCCAAAAACAAAACCGAGCAACUUAUACACGCUCUAAUUUUCUCCCACCUUGACUAUUGUAACUCUCUAUUCACCUACCUCAACAACUCAGCAAUCAGCCGGUUACAGUUGGUUCAGAACUCGGCAGCAAGACUUCUCACAAACACUUGACCAUUGCACACCUAACUGUGGUUCUGACACUAUUACACUUGGUCCCCAUUUAUUAUGGAAUCCAGUUCAAAAUUAUGUUGCUAAUAUCUCUAAAAGACUUAGUCCCACACAAUAUAUCAGAACUUUUAGUACCUUAUUCUCCACGAUCCAGGCUCAGUACUAAGGGGAACCUUUGUGCUUUUACUGUUUUAGCACCAACAUGAUGGAACAAGCUUCCCUGGCUGUCAGAACAGCAGUCAGUUCCUUAGUUUAAAACUUUUAAAAACACAGCUGGACAAGCAUUUUUAUAAAUCUUUAUGCUUGGUUAUUGGUCUUUUUAAGUUCCUUUACAAUGUUUUCACUGAUGUUUUUUGUUCUUUUACUGUUUUAUCUAAUGUUUUGGGUAUCUCAGCGCUUUGUGAAUCACUUUGUAGCCUGUUUUAAAGGGUGCUACAGAAAUAAAGUUUAUUAUUAUUAUUAUUAU